AUGUGCAUUCGUAUUAUUUCUUAUGAAGUCCUUGUCAGCGGGACGACUGUUGGCCCGAUUAUCCUGGGCAGGGGACUCCGGCAAGGGGAUCCCAUCUCCCCCUACCUGUUUAUACUUUGUGCAGAGGGCCUUUCGGCCAUGAUCAACCACGAGACAGCAAGAGGCGACCUACACGACAUUCAAUUUGGUCGGAGGGGACCGGCUAUAUCUCACCUUAUGUUCACUGACGAUUGUGUUUUCUUUUGCCGAGCCUCAACAACUGAAUGCGCAAAUCUGAAGAGAGUGUUGGGUGUCUAUGAACUGGCUUUGGGACAAGCUAUCAACUACCAAAAGUCUGGGAUCUUUUUUAGCUCCAAUGUGGGUGAUGAUGAAAGAACGACUAUUUCUACCACUCUUGGAGUCACUAUGCUCCUGAACACUGGGAGAUAUUUGGGUCUCCCUUCGCUUAUUGGGAGAAAGAAAACUGAGAUAUUCAAGUAUCUCCAGGAUAGGCUGUGGUCGCGCAUACAGGGCUGGAACAGAAAGAAAUUGUCGAAAGUGGGCAAAGAGGUCCUCAUUAAAAGUGUCGCACAAGCUAUUCCCUCUUAUUGUAUGACCAUCUUCUUGCUUCCUAUGAGCUUGACAAGUGAAAUGGAGCGGCUUAUGAAUAACUUUUGGUGGGGAAUAAGGGGGGAGCUGAAAAAUGAAUAA